AUGACUAAAUACGUAAUUGUUGGUGCCGGUGUAGUUGGAUUAUAUACGGGGUUCAGUUUACUUGAAAAAGGUGUUGCUGCUAAUGAAAUCACGGUAAUUGCUGAAUAUUUACCUGGUGAUGAAUCGAUUAAUUAUACUUCACCUUAUGCUGGAGGAAAUUUUUCUUGUAUCACGGGUGAUGAUCCCCAAACUUUACAAUAUGAUAAGUAUACUUAUUUAAAUUUACCGAAAAUUCAAAAAGCCAUUGGUGGUAAAACUCAAGGAUUAGAUAGAUAUCCAUCUACAGAAUAUUGGGAUGAAAAACCUUCACAAACUAAAAUUGAAUCAUUAGAAAGUUAUUUACAAGAUUAUAAAGAAGUCAUUGAUGAAUCAUUACCAUCAGGAUCGAAAUUUGGUAUCAAAUUUUUAGCAUGGAAUUUCAAUUGUCCUAAAUUUUUAUUCAACUUGCAACAAUAUUUACAAUCUCAGGGGGUUAAAUUCAUUCGUAAGAAAUUGACACAUAUUGUUCAAGCUUAUUUCAGUGAAUCAACGAAAAUUGUUUUCAAUUGUACUGGAAUUGGCGCUAGAUCAAUUGGUGGUGUUGAAGAUAAAAAUGUUUAUCCUGGUAGAGGACAAGUAGUAGUUAUUAAAGCUCCUCAUAUAAUGGAGAAUGUUCUAAGUUGGGGUGAUAGAGAGCCAACUUAUAUUAUUAAGCGUCCUUAUUCAAAUGAUCAAUUGAUCUUGGGGGGUUAUUUUCAAAAAGAUGAUUGGACAGCAGCAACUUUAAAAGAACAAACUCAAGAUAUUUUACAAAGAACCACUAGUUUAUUUCCAAAGAUUUUGAAAGAAAACCCCAAUGGAAAUAAAAUUGAAGAUUUGGAAAUUUUAAGAGUAGCUGCUGGAUUAAGACCUUGUAGAUAUGGAGGUGCCAGAAUUGAAAAAGAAGUGGUAGAACUGGGUAAGAUUUUGAUUCAUAAUUAUGGUGCCUCAGGUUAUGGAUAUCAAGCUGGUUAUGGUAUGGCUAAUAAGGCAACAGACUUGGCAUUAGGUAAAAGUAAAUUGUAA